AUGGCUAUACUCAAGUCUCUUCCCCUUUGUGCUUGUGUUGCAUUGAUGGUGGUGGGUGUGCUCUUUGUCUCAGCUGAAUCAACACUUCUGGUUUAUUUCAAGCGUGCUCCUCCACUUCGGUCUAGGUCUCCUAAUGCCGUUUUUCAGUAUCUAGUUGAGAGGUUGGAUGGUUCCAAUGCAUGUAAGAGAAACUCUUGCUCAUUUUCAUGUGAGCUUGAUGGCAAAGUUUACCCUUGCCAGGAUAAUGGGAUUGUGUUAACCAACUUAACUCUAAACCAUGAGCAUACCUUUCUUCUCACUGCCAGUACAAAUAAAGGAGAGAGAAAUUCCUCACUUUACUCAUGGUUCAUUGAUACAAUACCCCCAACUGCAGCCGUUACUAGUAAACAGACCCAUACAAAUGGACAAAGGAUAGCAAUUGAUGUCACAUUCACUGAACCAUGCUCUGGCCUAGGUGGAUUUCAUUGCCUAAACUCAUCAAACUGUGAUAUUAUGGUAGCUGGUCCUGCCCAAGUGGAUGCAUCUUCUUUACAAAUUAUUAGACCAGGUGUCAAAUACAGCCUUGAAGUGAUGAUCUCCUCAAGAAUUACUUAUGGGCGUGUAGUAAUCACAAUGGCUGAGAAUACUUGCAUUGACCAGGCUGGAAACCCGUUCACAAGAACCCAUGAUUCUACUUUGACUAUUCAUUUUGAUAGAAGGCCGGUGAUGGUGGACUUUUGGACAUCUGUUUCAUCUUAUGAGUUGAAAAUUAAUGGUAUCCCAAGAACAGUAGUUGCAACAAACAAACCAGAGGACCUGAUAAUUUUCUUGGACUUCAGCAUUCCUAUAAGAAACUCAACUGAACAAGUUCUAAAUGCACUACAGGUUAACUCUGGUGUCUUAACUCCUCUCCAUGGUAGCAGCAAUGGGACCCGCAGAUUUAGUUUUCAACUCAAGAACAUGUCAAGAACUGAGAUUAUUACCAUCGAAUUACAAGCUGCAUCCAUAUUUGGCAGGACAGACACUCCUGUCUCUCCUGUUGCUCCCAUCACAUUCCUUUAUGAUCACAUGAGACCCAAGGUGGUACUAAGGACCAGCUCCCUCACUGAAACAAGGGACUUCAACAUCAACAUAAUUGCUGAGUUCACAAAACCAGUAUUUGGCUUUGGGGCAUCUAUUGUAGAAGUCUCCGGAGGAAGAUUGAUAAGGCAGGUGUUUAAGGAACUAUCAAGAGCUUUAUACUCGUUUACUGUCCAAGCAGCGACAAAGGAUGUGUCAGUUACCAUUCCUGUUGGGAAGGUAACUGAUAUUUCAGGAAAUGAAAAUUUGGCAUCUAACCAGCUUGAUAUCCAGCAUUAUUCCACCCCUGCAAUAUCCGUUGCACUGUACUCUUUUAUCAAUGCUGGAACAAUGGCAACAUCAUUGGUAGCUGCUAUGGUUUCACUUUCCUCAGCAAAUUUAGAAGCAUUAAGCAUUCUUGCUUUGGGAGGUACCAGCAGUCCUGUUUCCAAUCCAUUCACUAACCUACAUGGAGUGGUUGGACACCUACAAGUCUUUGCCCUCACAAGUUGGUUUUCAACUAAUCAGUAUAUCAAAUACUGUGAGACUACAAGAGGUCUGCGGUGGCUCAUUCCUCAUCACAAGCUUCCCUGGAAAAAUCAUGACACUUGGUCUUCGGUCUGGGAAAGAGAGAAACUUGAAGGGAGAAGUAAUGGCCUGUCUGCAGGAGAGCAUUAUAACAAAGAUCAACAACAUAAUGACUUCGUGAACUUGUCUUAUAUUAAUCACAAACUAUCAUUUCAAUCUGAAAAUGCCACCAAAUCUGGUCGGCUACAUAAUCAGCACGAUAUAAGUAAGACAAGUACACUGUAUGGUCUACCUCUCAAUUCCGUCGAAUAUUUCACUUAUUUCUUGAGAGGAGAACCGUUGUCUGCUAGCAACGUCAUCAAAGUAAUGGAGAGUUACAAAGGGUGGCAGGACAUGGAGAUGAACUUAUUCUGGCUUGGCGUGGGAGGAAGCUGUUUAGUUUUAGUUCAUGUUUUCAUUAUAUUCUUCCUAAGACAGAGGACAGGGAGACCACCUCAAGGCAGUUUAUCAGUUCCUAGGUUUGAGCUAUUUCUUCUGAUUCUCAUGUUACCUUGUCUUUCUCAGUCAUCAACAUUUGUAAUAAAAGGUGGUACAACAGGGGGAAUCAUUACUGGGGUGUUGUUACUAGCAAUCCCUGUAGCAUUCAUCUUAUCAGUAUUUCUCUUUCUAAUUAUUGCAAUCUACUCCGGAACUUUUGCCCAAUACAAAGAAUGCAAACAAGUAACAACUGAAGAAAAAUGGUACAAGAAGCUAUUGUUCUUUUUUAUUGGGAGGCCUACGACUGGCAAGUGGUUUGACAGGAAUGGGCUACCUUCCUCUUUCCUCUCACGCUUUGGAAUUCUCUUUGAUGAUUGGAAGGGUCCCCAAGAACUCAUAAUAGGCGAUCAAAAUGAAUCAAAUAGCAUAUCCAAGUGGACUGAAAGUGGCCAAAGUGGGAUGAGAAGAACGAAGACAGUGAGUUCAGAAGACAGCAAUGAGGAAAUCAAAAACCCUGAAUUCAAGAGGGUACUGGGCUGCGUUAGAGCAUCCUAUAUCAUCCUUGACUUACUAAGAAGGGUAGGUUUGGGAAUAAUAUCCGUAGCUUACCCAUCAGAAAAUUCAAAUAAAAGCCUUUUCGCUUUGAUAAUCACAUUGAUACAGUUCAUUUAUCUGUUUACCACCAAACCAUAUAUCAGUAGAAGUGUACAGGUUGUGGAAAGUGUUUCUCUCUUGAGUGAGGUAGGUGUGUUUGUUAUUUUAAUCCUACAGAAUGGUUCAAACUCAGUUGAAGCUGCUAAAACAUGGGAAUUGGUCAUGCUGUUUCUUCUGAUGUUAACCUUCAUUGCUCAGCUCACCAACCAAUGGUAUACAAUGGUAUAUACCAUAUUGAAACUCUCACAGUCUCAGAAUAAAACUUUAAGGCAUGGAUUAAAGUUUGCAGCCAAGGGACUCAUCCUGCCUUUUCUUCCAAGCAAGCAUUGGUCUAGUGUGAUAUCCACAACCUCUCAACCAGAAACAGACCAGCCUUCAAUCAAUCCUAUAGGUACAGGAACAGAAUUUGAAAGAAGAAAUAGAAAUGGAUAUAUGGAUCCAAUUAGUGCCAUGACUGCUACUGUAGUCCCUGUGCAAAGUCCAAGCACACCCAGCCACAAUGUUAUUGAAAGAAGACAUCCUACAACAUUAGACACGGGUGCAAGCUCUCACAUUGAAGUGGAAGGUAAAUGGCUAAAGGGGCACAAGGCUGGGCUUAGAAAAGAGCUAAAGAUGUUAAGGGAGCUUGCAAAAGCUAGCUUCUCUGGGGAUACCAGGGUUGAUGAAGCCAGUACCAGCUACACCAUAGGUGAACAACAUUCAUCAGAUGAAAUCUAUUCGGGUAAUCCAAAGCGAAGAUAUUACUAA